ACCUUGAUUCUGGUUUUCCGAUGAUGCUCAGUUUUAUGUGAACUAGUGAGAAAAAGAGAGCAGCACUGGUGAUUUCUGUAGGUCAUUUGAUCAGCUGGUUUUCAAGCUGGGAAGCAGAAAAUCUCCCAGCGACGGAGAUCGUGGCUUCUGAAUCGUUGUCGAGGUCAAGACCGUUGAGGGAAGAAGUCAGUCUCCCGCGUAGCUUCGCCCCUCGAGUGGUCGGGAUCUUUAAAUCAUUGUUGCGUCAGAGAUCUGACAUUUAGCAGCUGGUCGUUUCUACAUUACGGCAGAUCAGGGACAAAAAGAGUGCAGCGAUGUCGAACAUCGGGACGAUUGGGGCCCUGACCCUGUCAGUGGUCUCAUCAGUGUCGAUCGUUAUCUGCAAUAAAGCGCUGCUCUCUCUCUUCCACUUCAAUUUCGCCACGACGCUAUCCAGCUGGCAUUUGGUGAUAACGUUCCUAUCGCUGCACAUCGCGCGGACGAUCGGUUUCUUCGAGCACAAGGCGUUCGACCCGAAGGUCGUGGUCGGGUUCGGGCUGCUCAAUGGCGCGUCCAUUGGCCUGCUCAACCUGACAUUGGGGUUCAAUUCCGUCGGUUUCUACCAGAUGACCAAGCUCGCUAUAAUCCCGUGCACAGUUUGCCUGCAAACACUAUUCCUGAAAAUGAGAUUCAGCGUUCAAGUGCAGGCGUCCCUGCUCGUGCUGCUGCUGGGUGUGGGCAUCGCCACGAUCACGGAUCUGGAGCUCAAUUUUGUUGGAACCGUGCUGGCCGCUCUCGCCAUCGUCAGCACCUGCGUAGCUCAGAUUAUGACGAACACGAUUCAGAAGGGGUACAAGGUGAGCAGCACGCAGCUGCUGUACCAGUCGUCGCCCUUCCAAGCGCUCAUCCUCAUCCUCUCCGGCCCCUUCGUCGACGCCUACCUCACUGGCAACAACGUCUUUGCGUUCAACUAUGACUUCACUGUGCUGUCGUUCAUCCUGCUAUCAUGCUUCAUUGCCGUGGCUGUGAACUUCAGCUCCUUCCUCGUCAUCGGCAAGACGUCUCCCGUCACUUACCAGGUCCUAGGCCACCUGAAGACGUGUCUGGUGCUGGGGCUGGGCUACCUGGUGCUCAACAACCCCUUCAGCUGGCGCAAUGUGGGCGGCAUACUGGUGGCGCUGGUUGGCAUGAUGGCCUACUCCUACGUGCAGAUCCAAGAGGCCAAGUCCAGAGAGGCUCAGAUUUCAGCUCCUGCCUCGGGUGGCUUAAGUUUUGAGAAGGCCAAUGACAGCGACCGUGAAACUGACCCUCGUUCGGAAAAUGAUCCCCUUCUCCUCGCUGAGAUGGGAAGGUCAAGGGGUUGAUGCGUCCUCCACCUUGGUACAGUACUCCUUGAGGGAGCUCUUGAAUAAUUUGUACGAGUUAGGUAUGAAAUUGCAGCUAGUAAGAGCCAGGUGACGUGUAUACGUGUGUCUUCUUGGAAAUCCCCUAUAAGGACAUAAUUACAGCUGAUUUCGCCUCUGUAAUGUGACACUAUAUCGAGUUU